ACUCAGUGAACUUAUUCUUGAACAUUGGGACACAAAACUUUUAAAGAUCUGAAGAUUAUGUCAGACAAGGAGCCUCUUCUUCAGCAGCCAUCAACUGCUCCUCCUCCCCAGUACGACUAUCAGCCUCCUCCACAACAGCAGCAGGCCGGAGGUUAUGGCGGUACUCCGCAGUACCCUCAACCUGCUUACCCCCCACCGCCCCAGCCUGGUUAUCCACCUCCCCAAGCCCCUCCAUACCCUCAGGCUGGCUACCAACCUCACCCUCACGUGUACCAGCCACCUCAUACAGUCGCUAUGGGGACUCAGGCCAUGUACUUUGGCUCUUCUCCAAUUCAAAUGGUUUGCCCUCACUGUCAGACUCAAAUGAUGACAAAUGUAUCUUAUGAGGCUGGUACCAUGACCUGGCUCGCUGUUGGGUUCUUUUUCAUACUUGGUUUCUUUGUGCUUAUCAGUUGGUGUCUCUGCUGGUUGCCUCUUAUGAUGGACGGGCUUAAAGAUAUAGUCCACACUUGCCCCAACUGCAAUCAUGUCGUAGGCACUAAUAGGAGGAUGUAGGGGAAAGAGUGUGUGACUUGUGUGGCUGGUAUAUUUUAUGUUGCUUUAUAACUCAUCUUAAAGUACUUUUAUAAACAAUACUGUAUUGUGUUUAUUUUUUCGUAAAAUUUCCGUUUAAUUUUA